AUGGCGUUUGGCACCUACAAAGAUCCUGAUGAUGACCCACCGUCACCUACCCCAUCUCGUUGUUCACUGGCUUCUGUGAGCCUGAGCCCCCGCGGUGAAUCUCGCGAUGAAAUCAGUGCCACGCUCUCGAUCUCGAUCGAGGGCAUCAAGAGCUACACCGGGAGCUGGAGCUCCAGCUCCAACUCCACCUUCAAUGACAUGGACAUGGCCUCCCAUGCUGGAGAUGACUGCCGCAACAACGAUCAGGACUUGGAUCCCGCGGCUCGGGACCCCGACUCAGACUCGGAUGUAUCUGUUGCCAUCAUCGAGCCAACCACGGUUUGGAGUGAUCUAUGGAAUAUUAGCCAGGAGGAGGCAGCUCUUGAUUACCCACUCCGGUUACCCACGGAUGUUCCUCUUCCGGGAGCGCCCGCUCCGGGCGCGAAGGCGGCGGAGCAUCUGGCGUACAACGUCUGCCGCCGCGGCUCUUGUAGCAUCCAAGACUUUUGUGCGCUGGCAGCCCUACUUCCGGAACAGUCACAGGUGAAGCGACGGCAAAACUCAACCUCUGAUGGCGCCGCCGGCGGACUUCAAAGGGUGUUUCUUACAGGUGCAUAUUCGAUUGGAGGCGGAGGGCUCCGGGGAGUUCAGACCAACACAGGUCUUUUUCCAUGGCUUACUACGUGGCUCGCCUCGGUGGUUCGUGGCGCUAAGGAGGAUCAUCGGUUCAGCAGUUGCGCAUUUCUGGUUAACACUUUACAUUAUGUGCAUCGUGACACUGGGAAUGCACCUGGCACUUCGAACCUGUUGAUCCCGUGCAAUCGCUGGAAGGGCGGACAGUUAUGGCAGGCGGACGUCGAUGGAUCAGUACGGUUGGAGGAGACGGACCCUCCGGAAUCCUGA